AUGUCAUUAUUCGGCAGAAUAUUCUACCCAUCACCACGGGUUUCUCAAUUAGAUGCGUAUAUUCUAGAUAACGAGCUAUUUGAUUUGCUCAAGCAACAACUCUCCGACGUUUUUGCCCUCCACACAAGCAAAGUCUGGUCCUACAGUCAAAACCCAGAAUUAUGGUCGCUAGCGUUGAACUUAAUGAUAUUCAAGCUCACCACUUUGAAAACUGGCUCGUCUUACGGUUUGAAACUACAGAAUCUAAAACUUACAAACUCUAGAACAGGCAAGAUUAUUGGAAGUAAGUUGAGAUACGUUCUUCUUGCAGUCAUACUUGGGGAUUUUGCUUUCAAGAAGCUCGAGUCAUACCUCUAUUCCGUGGACGAACUGAUCAGGGAAACAAGACAGACUAUCUUAGGCAAACUCAAAGCGUUUUUAGUGCGCAACAAGGCCGUUAUCUUAGGCAGAGCCAAUGAGGCAGUGAAACUUCUUAAUUUAGCGAAUUUCUUAUUGUUUCUUGUACAAGGCAGGUUUCCCACCCUUAUCCACCGAAUUCUUGGUAUUUCACUCACACCGGUUGUUGCCGACUUGUUGAAGUUCAACGGUGACAACGUUAACUUCGAGUUUCAAAAUAGACAGUUGGUUUGGAACGUCAUGACAGAGUUUUUGGUGUUUACGCUACCUUUACUCCAGCUACGUAAAUGGAGAAAGGUUUUGCUGAGCAUUGCUCCGUUCAAGAAAAAUAAAAACGCCCUCCCAUCAAUUUCUGAAACACCAGUUGAGACCAAAUACUCCAACCUUCCAAGAUCCCAGUGCGCCAUGUGCAUUGGAUUUGCCCAGGCCAGUGGAAUAAAGGCUGCAUCUACGUAUGUGACAAAUCCUUGCAUCACCAAUUGUGGGCAUAUCUUUUGCUAUGUCUGUUUAAGUGUUCGGUUGAAUGCUAUAGAAAAUGGUAGUGACGAAGCCGAGGGCUGCCCUCGUUGCAGAAUGAAGCUCACGUCUUUCAGGUUGUACGGAUCUGAAAGUACCGAUAUUGAUGAGGACGCCAUAAUGGUUCCUUAUGAGGAGGUGGACACUGAGGACGAAAGCACCGGUGAUCAUGUAGUGAAACAGGAGAAAGACCUGCUUAGUGAUGAUGACGAAGAUGAGCCCAUCAAUGAGCUGAGUGAUGACUCCAGUGGCAUCGAUUUUAGUGAUAACGAAGAUCUUGAGGAAGAGUUGGACGAGUUUGAUGAUGAAGAUGAUGACCUCGAUGAUGCGAUGUUUCAAUAA